AAAGUCUCACCGUGCCACAGCGGGGAUAUCGUGUUGUGAGUUGCCGGAUUACACACUGCACGCAAUACAAUUGCAUGUGCUUUUAGUCUCUCCCCUGGGCUGCACAUCAACUUGCUUAUCUGAUUGAUAUUGGAAGAGUCGGGGCACUAUGAGUUGUUGCUUUCACUCCAGGGAUAUUCCAAAUGUAGUGUAGGUGAUGAGAUUUUCCCUUCUCCACACGGCAGUAAGGUACUGUAGCUGAAUGGCAGAUAUAGCUCAGUGUCCAUGGUACUACUGAGUCGGUGAAGUGUUGUUAGCGUGAAAAAGCUCUGUUGCCGUGUUGGACAGUUACACGGGACUACUCUAGGCUAUGCACACGCCUGUGUGAGUGUGAAUGUGAGUGAACCAACGACCGUUGAAUGAGCCAUCUGCACAGGACAACAGGAAAUUCAGCUGCCUGCCGUUGCUUGUUGGCACCAGCUCAGUUUGGUGACUGACUGUGCACCAAGCACAAGCUGCUCGCGCUCUACGGGCUCGCAAACUGACGGCCAUCAGAAUGAACGCACGAGUGCGUGCUGUCCGACUCACCGGAAUGUAGAUCGGAAGGGACACCCGUAAGUCCGCUAGUCAUAGAGCAGACUAUUCACCUACCCAGCCAGCAUCACUCCAAACACCAAGCUGCAGUAUUCCGCCUGCUACCAGUAGAUCAUGGCGUCUACCAGGCGGCUAAGCUGGGGCCAAGACCAGGAGAGGUUUUACAAGCUGCUGCAAGAGGCCGAGAUGCAGCAGUUCUGUGAACCGCUCAGACAGAUCGGCGUUGAAAGAAUAGACCACCUCACCGACAUGGAGGACAGGGAUUUCCAAGCAGUGGGUAUCAGUGAUCUGGAGCGCCACAGGCUAAUGCGAUUGAAGGAUAAAGGCGGCAAAGGGACGUCGAUAUGGAAGAGAGUUAUACCAGCGUCGGUGAAGAGAUGGCACAAGUCAACGAUGAGCAAGGAUUCCAGCAUUUCACAGGCAGACGCUCGCUCACACUGGCUUAUAGCCAACCACAUGGUUACAAUUGGUAAUAUUCUCAGUGGGUCAUUUGGAGACAUUGGCUGUGUGCUGGAUGGACAGCUUAGCAAUGAGUAUGGAUCAUCAGUACCUGUCGCCCUGCUGACCAUUACACAGAGCUGUUGUCAGCAGCGUGCCUUCUUCCAGCAGGCCAGCCUGCUGACGAACGUCAACAAACUCAACGUUGUGCGGUUCUUCGGCGUCACGUCGUUUGGUCACGUGUCUUAUGUGUUGAUGGAGCUCUGUGCUCGCGGCACUCUAUCAAGUGAGCUGCAGCGCCGAGGGCCGACAUUCCCACUGACGACGCUCUUCGAGAUGGCCAUGCAGAUAUCGCGCGGAUUGAAAUAUCUGGAGGAGAAAAACAUUGUACACAGCAACCUGCGAGCUAGCUCCAUCUACAUUGCCGCCAACGGAGAGUGCAAGGUGGGCAACUUCAGUCUCAUGCAGAGUGCCGAUGUACUGAAGUACCUCACAGAUAACAUUGAAGCAGAGCGCAUCCGCUCGCGACUCAAACACAAGAUACCGUAUCAGUGGGCUCCACCGGAGGUAUUCAAUACCAGCACGUUCUCAUUGAAGUCGGUGGUCUGGUGCUACGGCACAUUGCUGUGGGAGAUGUUCUCUCACGGCGCUGAACCAUGGCCAAAGCUGGGCACGAUGGAGAUCUUGGAGCAAAUCGAUCAGCCACGUCAGAAUCGUCUUGCGAAGCCUUGCCAUUGUCCCGUGGACAUCUACUCAUUGAUGCAGAGGUGCUGGAAUCAUGAACCAGCCGAUCGGCCGAUGUUCACUGCACUAGAGUCACUUGUCAGAGAGUGCUAUCCGCAGCAGGCACGGGUGACCUGCGAGGAAGUCAUAGCCGGUGACGGCACCGCAGGCAUGCUCUCGCUCAUCCCCGAUGACAUGCUGACCAUUGUGGAGAAACAAACCGUGUACUGGUUUGCUCAGAAUCAGCAUGGUGAAUACGGGGAGUUCAGGUACGACUGCGUCGAGAUCAUCACCGACACCAAGGUGCAUUCGCCGGAAGAAGACCGUCGGUCACCACAAGGACGCACGCCCGGGGACGGCGUCGAGGCGGCCAGCAUAUCUGAACCAAUCAACUUCAAGCACGACCUGCAUGUCUCUGGACUGGAGGACAUGACUGAUGAAGAGCUAGUCAAAAUGUUUGAGGAGAAAACACAGGCCUUGAAGAAUGGUUCCACACCAGCGAGCAGCACAUCACACCUCGGCCCAGUAGGAGACCACCACCGCAGCAACGACCCCCUGCCCGAAGUGCCCGGCACCACGGCAAGCCGUUCCGCCGAGCGCUCCUCCGCAAGCCUGCACCGUGCCUGGACGGCCAGCCAGGCACAGAAACCAGCGUCAAAACGACUUGCGACCGAGAGCACGUCGGCAAGUGUCCCGCCAGAGCCGUCCACACUCCGCAUGGUCCCGUCCAGUGUGGGCAGUCAGUGUAGUACAGUACUAAUGGGGUCUGUUCAGGAAUACGAUGAAGUAGACCUGCGCUCUCAACGAGGCGAGGACGAAGACGAGGACGAGGGGGAUAAUCUGAUCUUCGACCCGGAUGCGGACUACCUGGAUAUGUCGCAGGGCAAAUGGCCGUCGGCGUCGGACCUUGCCGCCAGACAAGGUGACGGCUCAGCAGCCGCUGCCAACACCAACACAACGCCAGUCUCGGCCAGACGCGGCCAGAACACCUGCAUGGCCAAUUAUGAGACCAUGAUGGCACCCAGGCAGACGCAGGCUAGAAGUGGGGGCGGCGGCAGUGUGGAUGAUGAACCCGAGGAGGAGUAUGUGGCACCGGAGAUCACCAGGGCCAACCGAGUAAUGGACGACUAUACGGAUAUGAAUGUGAUGAGCAAGGCGGCAAGGGAAGCCAUCGACCUUGCCAUGAAGAAAGGCGAGCUGUCUCGUGUACAGCCAGCAUCACUAGAAGUGUCAGCAGCCACAGCAAGCGCAAAUACAGCGCUGAUCUCGGAGCAAUCUGCACUGGACUCAAUGGAAGUCAACAAGCUGUAUCACGCAAGAACACCGCUAUCUCCCAGCAAACCGGCACCAACACUUGGUUCUACUGCUGCAGCUGCUGCUCCACCUCGCACUAACCGGCCAGUCCCGGCUCCACGUCAUAGGAAGGUGCGGUCAGCGGUCCACUUGCUGAGUUCACCUCCGAAGACACCGAUGUCCAGCAGUGGUGCACCGCCAUCACUGGCCAAAUCACGCUCCACGUACGACACAACCGCCGCCGAACCAGGAUUCCUGCGCACCAGCCCCGAGGGCGAGGCCACCACAAACUCUCAUCUGCAACCGUCAGCAGACUGGUCCCCGGUACCCAGGCCCCGCGCAAGAUCAAGAGAAUCAGUACCAGAUGUCAUCACUCCGCCGCCACCACCACCAGCAGCAACAACACCCCCACUGCCAACAACAACAGCACUGCCACCACCACCACCACCAGCAACACCGCCACUACCAACAGCAAUACCACAUAGUUCAGAACACGAGAUCAGAGCGGCAUCGUCCAGAGUAGCAAAAACAUCAGUCGACUCGACAGGCGACAGCACUAGAAAGACCAGCGGUUCAAGUGGAUCGUCCGAGUACGUUAAUGAUGACGCUAUCAGGAUGCAUUGCAACAGGAGGAGAUCAUCGGACUACGUCAAUGACAUCGUUGUACGUAGCAGCAGCUGCAGCAGCCGUACUGGUGGGAGUAACAGCACGGAUACCAUGCGUCCAGAUUACGUCAACGCCCGGGAUAGUCAGGAAUACCCCGAUGAUUCUCUGCAGUCGGUGUUCAACCGGCCAAUAGCAUCUCUAUCCAACGUGUCUACGCUAAGCGAGGAGAGCGUCGCUAUCCAGCAUCGCUACAUCAAUGAUCACGUGCGCUCAUCAACCCUUCUCGAGUCCCAUCAACGACCGCGUGCACACAGCAAUGAAUACAUGGUACUCCCAGAGGAUAUGGUCAGCGCACUGCAAGCGGCGAGCCCGUUGAACGACACAGCAACACCGCCGGGAUCAUCCGGUGCCAGUCACCAUGGUAACGGUGACUCUGCCGCUGACAGAGCCAGGUACGACGUGAUGAGUCGCGACUGGAGACCAGACAGCGAUCUCAAUGUACCACCUGCCAGCAUGCAUGUACAAAUACCAGCAGCUACCGCACAGCUGCAACGUCAGCAGCAGGACUUUGGGCCGGCGACUCCGCCUUUGGUAUAUUGCCCCGACAUGAGUGUGUUGGUCGGCAAUGACAACGACAGUGACAUAGCCACGACAGGCGCUGCAAGCACAUACAACACACUAGAUAUGUCGACCCGAGCCCAGCCAAGCUAUUCAGUAGCGCAUGCGUUUGAAAGUGUUGAUCUAAUACCCUAUGCUACAAGCACACCGCCGUUGCCGCCCAAGAAGAAAGCAGCGUCACGAGCAAAGUCGGCAGCAGAGCUACCCUCAGCAGCUGCAGCAGAUACACUGGGUUAUGACGCGCCUCAUUUAGACAGCACUCAGCCGCAGGCAGCUGGGGUAGGGACUGGCUGCUAUGAUACAGUAGCCAAGUCAUCUCCAUCACCGCCGAUACGUCACAAGUCAAAGACGAACGCGCCGUCACCGCUGACUGUUCAUCGCAUGUCAGCGGCAACAUCACCGUCUGAUUCGAAAUCACCACCGAUAUCACGAAGGCAGCCCGCUCCCGAGUCACCAGCCAUGUUUGCACAGAACUUGGUCGAGCAGCUGCCCGACUUGAAGUUUGCCGACGUUAUGGUGGCGCUGCAGGCGUACGAGUCGCCGCAGGUCACCGAGACACACCUGCGAGCACAGCUAGUGUUGGACGUGUACAACCGUCUGUGUGAGAUGGGCUACAAGAUAGACAUGACGCGUUGUGAGCUGGCCAUGAAGCACUGCCGCUGGAAGAAAGACAGGGCAGUCGACUAUCUCGUUCGCAACCCCACCACAACCUGAGCAGUCACAGCAGGCACUCAGCUGCAAGCCAACACAAGCCAACACUGGCCUGCUAGCAAGUGCUGCCUUGAACUGUAGUCCUGUACUCUUGAGAAGGAUUCUAUCAACUCUUGAAAUGAAGCCAUCGUUCUACAAACACUUCCUUUGAUUGUGUUCUCUUUCUCUAAUACAUUGUGAACAGUUUCCUCGGAGACAAGACUGCAAUAACACUGAGAAGAAGGACACACUUCAGGCUCUUGAUGUAUUCGUAUGUGUUGAUCAUUGAUUGAAGCAUCAUCAUUAUUGUUGAUAUUCGCACGCCUGUGUUGAAAUGAAUGCUUGCUGCUCUUGCAGUUAUUACUGUACACAGCACUGAAGACUCCUAUUCAAAGACGUCAUGUCAUGGCCGUUCAUUGAGCUGUUAAAUUAAUAAUUUGUCAAUCUGAGUACAGUGCCAUUUUGCCUCCUGUGAACCCUAAAUGCAAUGUGAACUUUCAGCAUGUUCACGUCGUCUUCAAACAACAAGCAGUUAUUACGCAACUUACAAUGUAUACGA